AUGUCUCCCUCAAACGAUGCGACCAGCGCGAUUCCGGAUCCUAGACCGGUAUUCUUCUUCGACAUAGAUAAUUGUCUCUACCCCAGAAAAAGUAACAUCCACGAUGAGAUGCAAAAAUUGAUCCACGAAUUCUUCGUUAAACACCUUUCCCUCAACGGUGAAGACGCCCACAUGCUGCACAUGAAAUACUACAAAGAGUACGGGCUCGCAAUUGAAGGUCUUGCUCGCCACCACAAAAUAGAUCCUCUUCAAUUCAACCGCGAAGUCGACGAUGCCUUACCAUUGGAAAACAUUCUAAAACCUGACCUUAAAUUACGCAAGUUGCUCGAGGAUAUCGACCGGAGUAAAGUGAGGCUGUGGCUUUUGACCAACGCCUAUGUCACACAUGGCAAGCGGGUCGUGAAAUUGUUGGGGGUAGAUGAUCUGUUCGAGGGUAUCACCUACUGCGACUACUCGCAGCCCCCUCUGGUCUGCAAGCCAACCCAGGAGAUGUACGCUAAGGCGGAAAGGGAGGCCAGGGUCCCAAGUACGGAGACAUGCUAUUUUGUCGAUGAUUCCGGGUUGAACUGCAAGCACGCCGCAGCCCGCGGCUGGACUACGGCUCACCUUGUUGAGCCUGAGCUCCCUUUGCCUGAUGCUCCGGUGUCGCAAUGCCAAAUCCGGAGCCUGGAAGAAUUGAGGACUUGUUUCCCACAUCUAUUCAAGACUUCGACCUGA